ACGUCUGGUUCUUUGUAAUCUGUAUACACUAUUCAUCCAUGGGGCUUCUAUGCACUGUUUUGAUGAUAUGUUUACUAAGCAUAGUGCAAGGAGAAGGGAUCCUUGGUAGUAGAUCUGACUUUAAGAAGCCGGAUGAUACUGUCUUCAAUGUCAUGGAUACUGGUGCCGCUGGAAAUGGCCGAAAGAACGAUACCCAAGCAUUCCUAGACGCAUGGCGCCAAAUGUGUGAAGCAACCGCGGACUCUCCAACCAUGGUCAUACCAGAAGGAGUGACGUUUUUGUUGUAUCGCAUAAGCUUCGAAGGCCCUUGCAAGUCCGCAAAUCCACACGUGCAGGUUUCAGGGAAAAUUCUUGCACCUACAAAGCGUUCUUGGGAUGGACCGAUAGAUUAUUGGAUUCAAUUCAGUCAAGUGAAUGGUCUCGUGAUUACUGGGUCUAAUUUAAGUGUAAUUGAUGGUCAAGGUUCAGAUUGGUGGGAGCACGAAGACUGUUUUCUCGACAAUGCUAAUGACGCCUGCGACAGGCCAACGGCACUAAAAAUGUCUGGAUGCGAUGGAGUUGAGAUUAGAGGGUUGAGACAUGUGAAUAGCCAGAGAAACCACAUCUCGUUGACUGAUUGUAGAAACGUAACUGUCUCUGGUAUCACCAUAAAAGCUCCCAAGGACAGUCCUAAUACUGAUGGUAUUGACAUUAGCCAUUCAACAAAUAUUCGAAUCGAACAUUCUAACAUCGGAACUGGUGAUGAUUGUGUGGCAAUCAAUGGCGGAUGCUCUGAUAUCAAUAUCACUAAUGUGGCAUGUGGCCCCGGACACGGCAUAAGUAUUGGAAGUUUAGGAGCCAAAGGAGCUACUGAAGAAGUAGAAAGAGUGCGUGUUCAGAAUUGUAAUUUUACAGAUACUCUUAACGGAGCAAGGAUAAAGACAUGGCAGGGAGGUUCUGGAUGUGCAAAAGACAUAUGGUUUGAACAAAUUAAGCUUGAACGAGUACAUCAUCCUAUUGUCAUUGAUCAAUACUACUGCAAUGGAGGCCAUCACUGCACGGAAUAUCCGUCUGCCGUUAAAAUUAGUGAUGUAAUGUUUAAUGGAAUUCGAGGAUCUUCGACAAAUAUCGUAGUUGUAAGUUUGAACUGUAGUAAAACUGUUGCCUGCACAAACAUCAUCAUGAACCAAAUUGAUAUAGAAACGAUAAAAUCUGAAGCCACAGCCUCAUCUUACUGCAUGAAUGUUAUAGGAGAGGAGACCGAUACGUCUCCGCAUGUUUCUUGUCUACGAUGAUAUAAUUCUUUUAAUAUUUUGUUUUAUCAACGCCACA